AAAUUGAAUCAUAACUCUAAUCUCCACCACUGCUCCAACAUUAAAGGUUCAUCACUCGUGAGCGUAGUAGGACUUAUAGUCUUUCAGCAUUUCAGCAAAUGAGGCAAAAGUUAAUCUAUAACAGUUCAGAAUGGAUAUGACUACAUCAACUUACUGGGAUCUCAUCAAUGCAACUUGUUCGGGCGAACUCAGGGGCCAGGCCCUCCAGACAGCAUACAACGACUGGAGUCCCAAAUACAACCAGGACUAUGCCAAAGCGGCUUACAAUGGACCCAAAAUCGGGGCGAUGAAGAUGGCUGAGAUCAUCCGGGACAAACAUUGUCAGAUCCUGGAUGUAGGCUGCGGAACAGGGCAAGUGGGAGAACUGAUGGCCAAGCGUGGGUUUACUAACCUCCAUGGGGUGGAUUUUUCCGAGAAGAGCAUUGAAGUUGCCAGGGCAACCGGCUGUUACAGAAGUGUUCGUUAUGCAGAUUUAUUGAAUGGUGGCAUACCCGACAAAGACAAUGAAUAUGAUGCGUUGGUAACAGUGGGAACGUUCUGUCCGGGUCAUCUGAAUACACCAUGCUUUCCAGAGUUCGCCCGAGUCGUUAAACCAGGCGGUCUGAUUGUGCUGGUUAUGCGUGAAGCAAACUUAUUUAACUCACCAGAGUUUAACAAUGGCCAGGUUGACUCAGCCAUAGUAGAGUUGAGUAAGAACGGAACCUUGAGGUAUCUGAAAAGAGAAUGGGUCCCCAACUACCUUGAUGAUAUGCCUGGGAUAAUUUUUGUUUUCCAAACUCCUGAAAUUUAAGGUCCGGUAUAGGCCUACAUCGCCUCCUUAAAAUCACAGGAACUCAACGGCUCUCGAUAAAUCAACGGAGGGGAAAUUCAGUACUGUAUUGUAACAAUACCCACAUAAAACACAUUCAUUUAUAUCAUUCUUUUCCACCUUUGACAAAUUAUAUGAUUUCGCAUUAAUGAUUUGGUCUCAUCAUAGAGACUCCAUGAGGUACUCUAAUGAAAUAGUAAUAUCGCCCUCUAUCUACAUCGUUGUAUAUAAUGCGACCCCCUUGCUUUCUUACGUCAUAUUGAAGAGAUCGUAUAUGUAUAGGAGCUCUUGUUUGAAAUUUAAUUAACUUUUUUAGUUACACAUGAGGCGCCUGGUGAGAACAAGUUGAAUAAACCACCCAUUUGACGUUUAAGUUUGCUGUUUCAUAAUCAACUCCCUUCAUUUGAUUCUUGUUUUCUUGAUAAAUGAUUAAGAACGGAACCUUCAUGCAUCUAAAAAGAAUGUUGGUCACCAAUUACCUAGAUAUGCCUUGGAUAGUUUUUGUUUUCCAAACUCCUGAAAUUUAAGGUCCGGUACGCGUCUUUUUUUUCAUUAACCUAGCCAUCCUAAAAUGCAUAUUAAUAUUUGAAUAUAUGAAUAUUUGCUUUGGUACGGUGUGGUGGAGAUUAAAUUUAAAUCGGUCAGAUUCUGGACUUAACCAGUAUGUCGCAAUGAAUCAAUGGAGAGAAAUUCAGUACUGUAUUGUAACUAUACCCACAU